UGCGGGCUCAGCAGCCCUCCAGAAAGAGUGGUUGGAGGUCUCAGGAGGAACGACAGUCACAUUUCCCACCUUUAAGUGCAUCUUUCGUGUUUGACCCUCCUAAAAUGGCCACCUUUUAGUCAGGUGAAAAGCAGAGUGAUUAACUUCCUUGUUUCCUUGUUGUUGCCGUCCAAUGACAGAGAGGAACGGAGCGGCUCUGAAAUGUAACUGAAAGAGAAAGUAAAAAAGAAAAAACUCAGGGAAGUCACUCCAUUAUCCUGCUUUAUCAUUCAGCGACUGCGCAGCCAUGCUGUUUCCUGACUGUUAGUUCCUAAAAGUUUUACAUUUAUCGAUUAUCCGACCCGACGCAGGUCAAAUCAGCACCCCGCCGAGUUCAUCUGAGGUGAGACCUGAGGAGGAAAAUGUCCCGCGGCUCCAACGCUGGUUUUGACCGACACAUCACCAUUUUUUCACCAGAGGGCCGACUCUACCAAGUCGAGUAUGCCUUCAAAGCCAUCUCUCAGAGUGGGCUGACAUCUGUCGGAAUCCGAGGGUCGGACAGUGUGGUGGUGGUGACGCAAAAGAAAGUACCGGACAAGCUGCUGGACUCCUCCACUGUGACCAACAUGUUCCAUCUAACGCCUCGCAUCGGCUGUGUGAUGACGGGUCACAACGCGGACAGCCGCUCACAGGUUCACCGGGCCCGAGUGGAGGCCGGAGAAUGGAAAUAUAAGUUUGGCUAUGACAUCACAGCGGACGUGUUGUGUCGCAGACUGGCGGAUAUUUCCCAGGUGUACACACAGAAUGCAGAGAUGAGACCACUAGGCUGCUGUAUGAUCCUGGUGGCGAUGGACCCCCAGCACGGCCCCGUCUUGUAUAAAUGUGACCCAGCAGGAUACUACUGCGGCUUCAGAGCCACGGCGGUCGGGGCCAAACAGACGGAGGCCAACAGCUACUUAGAGAAGAAACUCAAGAAGAAGCCAGAGUUGAGCCAUGACAGGGCAGUACAGAUGGCCAUAUCUUGUCUGGCUUCUGUGCUGUCGAUGGACUUCAAGUCCACUGAGCUGGAGAUCGGUGUAGUGACCAAAGACAAGCCUAAGUUCAGGACCUUGUCGGAGGCUGAGAUCGAAACCCACCUGGUUGCCAUAGCAGAGCGAGAGUAGAGGCGUCCUCACUGGCAGCAGUCAACGAUUCUUUAGCAGGGGUGUCAAACUCAUUUUCAUUUCGAGCCGCAUCAAGAUCAUGAAUGUCCUCAAAGGGCCGAUUGAGGCAGAAUGUAUUAAUAAAACUACCCAUUAGCAAAUUGUUAAAAUUCGCAAUUCACUUCUUAAAAUGUAACAACUUUUUUAACAUUUUUCUCACAUUGAUGUAAUUUGAUCCUAUACAAAUGAAAUCAUAUUUGACUUCACUGACAAUAUAAUAUUUAAACACACAACUGUUAUCUUAAACUUCAAUUUACUUGACCUUAUAGAGUCUAGAGAUAGCUGCAGUGAGCCGGAUUUGGCUUACGAACCUUGAGUUUGACACCUGUGCUUUAUGGCAUUUCAUGUUCAGCGUAGCUGCGCCGCCGAUCGCAGUCGGAAAACAGCAAACAGCAUGCUUUUCUCUGUGUCAGGAGGAUGGAUCAUGUGCAUCUGAUAAUGAAUCGAUGUUGGAAAGGGUUGAUGGAUGCAGGUUCAAUUCAGGUGACAACUCCUGUGAGGUUUUAAUGAUAAAAUCCACAGCAACAAUCCAACAGCUUAUUUGAUACUGUUUCUUUAGACCCUUCUAAAUUCAUCAACCAGGGGACUUAUUCCACCUUCGUAGCAACACUUCAUAAUAAAACAGGCUGGAAAACAGAA